GCGCUAUCGUCCCCCCACCCACUAUGUCCCUAACGCUUUCCUCGAAAGCAUCCCCUUUCCCCUUUGCAGCAGUCGCUGCCGCAACCCACACUCAAAAAGCAGUCCUCAACUACGACGAGGACGCCAAAGGCAUUGAGCUCGAGCUCGAUGGCUCACGCAUAACCUCCGAGGACGAGAUUGUCCAGGCGCUUGCUACGGACGGCGGUCUCUCAGGAGACAGCACAAAAAGCUCGGUCUACUUUGCCCUCGCCAAAGCGUUGCAAACCCUGGCCAGCGUCCCGGAAAUCAUAUCUGGGCUUGACACUUUGGAUGAUCACCUGGCAUACCGCACCUUCCUAGUCGGCCACGAUAUCACAGCCGCUGACUGGAUGGUAUGGGGCGCCAUCAAAGGCAAUGUAAAGAUCAUAGGUCUCCUCAAGAAUAACGUGCACGUCCACCUCCUCCGCUGGUUCUCCCACAUCGACAGCCUCGAGGCCGCUCAGCUCGCCGUCUCCAGUCGCGCAGAGGCCAGGGCCAACAAGGCGCGCACGAACAAGACCGCAGCAGGCUUCGCGCUCGGUCUGCAGGGCGCGAAGGAGGGACAGGUCGUCACGCGAUUCCCACCCGAGCCGAGUGGUUACCUGCACAUCGGACAUGCGAAGGCUGCGAUGCUCAACAACUACUUUGCGAAGAUGUAUAAAGGGAAGCUGAUCCUCCGAUUUGACGACACGAACCCUUCGAAGGAGCGGGCCGAGUUUGAGGAUUCUAUGAUCGGCGACCUUGAGUUGCUUGAUAUCCGUCCCGACCAAGUAACGCAUACGUCGGACUACUUCGACAAGAUGUACGAACUCGCCCUUCAAAUGAUCAAGACCGGCAAGGCGUACGCCGAUGACACCGAGCAGAUGCAGAUGCGCCACGAGCGAAUGGAAGGCAUUGCAUCCAAACACCGCGAUGAUUCGGUGGAGGAGAACCUGAAGCACUUCGACGAUAUGAAGUCAGGGACCGAGACGGGCGUAAAGUGGUGCCUGCGGGCCAAGAUCAGCGUGGACAACCCCAACAAGGCACUUCGCGACCCAGUCAUCUACAGGUGCAACUUAGUCGCUCAUCAUCGCACAGGGGACAAAUGGAAGAUAUACCCAACCUACGACUUCGCAUGUCCCAUUGUGGACUCUAUCGAAGGCGUCACUCAUGCCUUAAGAACUAACGAGUACCGAGACCGUAAUCCCCAGUACUUCUGGAUGAUUGAGGCUCUUGGUAUUCGUUCAGUGCAGAUUUGGGAUUUCAGUCGUCUGAACUUCAUCUAUACUUUGUUGUCGAAACGCAAGCUCCAUUGGUUUGUUGACAACAACCUCGUGAGAGGCUGGGAUGACCCCCGUUUCCCAACAAUUCGAGGUAUUCGCCGGCGAGGGCUGACUGUCGAGGCGCUUUCGCAGUUCAUGCUGCUGCAGGGACCCUCACAGGCCAUCGUCUCCCUUGAAUGGGAUUCCAUCUGGGCCAUGAACAAGAAAGCCAUAGACCCAGUUGCACCCCGGUUCUGGGCUGUCGAGCAUGACAACAAGGUGCCUGUUACGAUUAAUGGUGGACCGUCCGCUCCCGAAGUCAAGACCCUGCCUCGACACAAGAAGAACCCCGAAGUAGGCGAUAAGAAAACUGUGUUCACGUCGACUGUUUUGGUCGAGCAGGAGGAUGCGGCGUCAUUCGAGGACCAAGAAGAGAUUACCCUCAUGGACUGGGGCAAUGCCAUUGUCUGCUCGAAAGAGACCGACAGCGCCGGCAAGAUCACCGCGCUGACAAUGGACUUGCACCUUGAUGGCGAUUUCCGCAAGACCAAGAAAAAGAUUACGUGGCUCGCGCAGCCGACGGCUGAGCACCAGAUGGUCGACGUCACGCUGCUCGAUUACGACUACCUGAUCACGAAGAAGAAACUUGAGGAGGAGGACGAGCUCGAGAAGUUCGUGACGCCUGUUACGGAGUUCCGGACCGAGGCGCUCGCCGACGCGAACGUGAGCACGCUCAAGAAGGGCGACAUUAUUCAGUUUGAACGCAAGGGAUACUACAUCUUCGACGGCAAGUCGGACGAGACAAGCAGGCUGGAGUUCAUCCACAUUCCCGACGGGCGCGCGGCGAGUCUCGCGAGUAAGGCGGGAGCCGGCGGUGCUGCGCCGACGGAUCCCAACGCUGCGGCGGCGAUCGCGGGCGGGACGCCGGUGACGACGAAGAUGUAUGAUGUGGAGAAGGUGUAUGGUGUUCAGCCUAUACAGCCGGGGGCGACGACGAAGAUGUAUGAGGUAAAAAAUGUGUACGAGGAUUAAUCGUUUGCCUCUUCUCGAAGCAUGGGGUAUGAUGAAUACUGUAUCGUUCUGCUUGUAGAUUAAGAUAGUUGGAACAUGGGAUCCGUUUUCUCCC